CUCGAGCAGCAGGAUUGCAAGCUUCGGGUUGCUGCAAGGAUCGCCGAGGAAACAGAGUCGCGGUGAGAAUCGAGGACCACGAAGCUCGCAUCCGAGGACACGACCUUGCUUCUACCCUCUAACUCUCUUUUAAUGGCUUUAAUCACUUUGCUACACAAUGUCAAGGAAGUAAUUUGAACCAAUUAGAACCUGAGUGUUCAUAUAUACUCAAUUCAGUGCAAAGAAAACUUGGUACAUAUGACAGGAUUCUUGUCUGGGGAGUCAGUAAAUAAUGGAACAUCUGAUAGCAGUGCUUGUGAAAGUUCUACUGCCGCCAAGAAAGCGGAAGAAACAGGUCGCUGGUACAUGUCUAGAAAAGAAAUAGAGGAUUAUGCUCCAUCUAGAAGAGAUGGAAUUGGCUUGAAGAAAGAGACAUAUCUGCGCAGGUCUUACUGCACAUUCUUACAGGAUUUAGGCAUGAGGCUUAAAGUGCCUCAGGUAACUAUAGCAACAGCCAUAGUUUUUUGUCAUCGGUUCUUUCUUCAACAAUCUCAUGCAAAGAAUGAUCGAAGGAUUAUUGCAACUGUCUGUAUGUUCCUUGCUGGGAAGGUUGAAGAGACUCCUCGACCACUAAAGGAUGUCAUUAUUGUUUCUUAUGAGAUUAUUUACAAGAAAGAUCCUGCUGCUGCACAGAGGAUAAAACAGAAGGAAGUAUAUGAGCAGCAGAAAGAGUUGAUUUUACUGAGUGAGAGGUCUGUGCUUGCCACUUUAGGUUUUGAUCUCAAUGUUCAACAUCCCUAUAAGCCCCUUGUUGAGGCCAUAAAGAAGUUUGAUGUUGCAAAGAGUGCCCUUGCACAAGUUGCAUGGAAUUUUGUCAAUGAUGGGCUGAGGACUUCGCUCUGCCUGCAAUUUAAGCCACAUCAUAUUGCGGCAGGUGCCAUUUUCCUUGCUGCCAAGUUCCUUAAAGUGAAGCUUCCAUCAGAUGGUGAGAAGGUUUGGUGGCAAGAGUUUGAUGUCACCCCACGCCAAUUGGAGGAGGUUAGCAAUCAAAUGUUGGAACUCUAUGAGCAGAAUAAAGCUCCACCAUCUCAAGGAAGUGAAGUAGAAGGAAAUGUUGGAGGAGGAACAAGAGCUGCGGCAAAAGAGCCUGCUGUGAGUGAGGAGCAGAUUUCAGAACAAAUACCAUCUUGUUCCGCUCCUCAGAACUCAUCUACGCGUGAGGUGCCACCCACAAGCACAGAAAAUCAAAGUAACGAUGGGAGUGCAGAAAUAGGAAGCGUAAUUACUGAUCACAAGUUAGACGUUGAAAUUAGAGACCCUCAUCUUUCAGAUGGGUUGCCUCAGAAUGAUAAUGACGGAGAAUUAGCAGAUGGAUCAAACAUGGGAACUCAGCAAAUAGGUGCAGGAGACCAAGAUAGGAUUGGUCAAAAUUUAAAGCAUCGAAAAGGCCCAGUUGGUCAGUCACCCAAAGAAGCAAUUAAGAUGAUUGACAAAGACAAGUUCAAGGCUGCAUUAGAAAAAAGAAGGAAAGCACGAGGGGAAAUUACAUUGAAGAGAGAUGAUUUAAUGGACGAGGAUGAAUUUAUUGAGAGGGAGCUAGAGGAUGGCUUAGAGUUGGGUGUUGAGGAUGAGAAAAGUAAGUGGGAGGGGAGACAGUAUGGAUCUGAAUGCGAUAUUGCAGACUGGAGAAGGAAACACAAGGAAACUGAAGAUGGGAAACACAAGACCGUGAAGCUUGAGUCAUGCAAAGAAGUGAAACCAGAAGAGGAGAUAACAGAUGGUUCCUCAACUUUGAUGAAAAAGCUCAAGAGAAAGCCAAGACAUUCGCCAGACGGGCAACCCGAGGAUAAAAAGUGGCUUGAUGGGAGUUACUAUAAUGAACAUGUCGAAGAUGGUGGAGUUCCUUUUGCAGAGGGGAGCUGCAGAAGACCAGAAGAGGAAAGCCAUUGCUGAGAAUAAGUAUUCUGUGUGCUCUGUACGAAGGCUCAUUGUGGACUUGGGGUAGAGGGUUGCUAAAGAAGUGACGAUUCUGAUGCCUUUGUAUGCGUCGCACAAUUCCAUAUUCAAGGAGUGUGGAUAUUUCAUUUCUGGUACUGACAUUAAAGGUGGAUGCCUAGUUGCUACUAUUUAAAGACAUUAGCAUCAUCAGAGCCAUCCUGCCGGAUACUUGUGCAAUGCUCUGCAAAAUGAGAUGGAUGUGACUGAGGAUUGUAAUUUGAUCACCUGGACUUCGAUGAUGCUCAUCUUGAAGCAUAUAUAUAUAUAUAUAUAUAUGAAAGAAACUUAAGGAAGUUAAAAAUGUGCUGUUAAAUUAUGAAUUGUUAGUAUGUUGUUGUAUUCGAAACAAGUUGAUAUUAAGCAUUCAAAACCUACUAGUAUUUCUUUCU